GCUGAUUGUGUAACCGUUGUGCCUCAUUUGUUCUCUGUUUAAAUGUACCGAGGCUGAAACCCUGCAUGUGGAAGAAUUGGAUUCAUGUAAUACUAUUGCUGUGAUAUUAAAAGCACACGGCUGCUACAGUCAAUCCGAAUCAACGGGGACCUAUCGGUGUUCAUACACAGAGGUAUAAUGUUGUUCUUGAUCCUGCCAUUGGCUCUUGCAUGUCAUCAGGAGCUUAUUUGUUUGUUGGUGGAUUUUGAAUGGGGAUGGCUUUCGGCUGCAAAAUCCAUUGGGUGGAUGUGGCCAAAUAUGGACGAUGUGUGCUCUUUGCCGCCCUCCCGUGGCGUCACUGGGGGUAGCCUCGUUGCAGCUCUGCCUGCUUUUUGCUGGUGUGGCGCAGGCUGGAUACCAGACGAAUCAGCUUCAGAGUGUUUUUGUGUAUGUUUGUGUGUGUGAAUGCGGCCCCUCACUCGUUGUUGCACUGUAUUGAUGAACUGUAAACUGACCAGGGGAAACAAACACGUUUAUUUGAGUGCCUGCAUGACCUUUAAUGUCACCGCGAGUGUGAGUGUGUGUAUGUGUUGUUAAGCCAACAGUGCACGCAGGAAUGCCCCUGCGAGCUUGGAAUUUGACAAUAUUUCUGCAUGUUUUCGCCGAGUGUCACCUCGCGAGGCUUGGGUGACACCGCGGUGAUUUGUUUGGUGCAAUAAAUAAUUUUGUCCCGUCAACCAAACACGUCUUGCGAGGGGGCCGCGAUUCAAAGAAUGGAGCAGCUUUCUUCUUGAGAGAUAUUUAUGGUGCAAAAGUGAAUGGAGAUAUUUUUUUUUUCGUUUGGAACAUCUGCGUGUAACAUUUGUUCUCGUCCACCUUUUUUCUUAGGUGGUUAUUAGCUGCACAUUAAGGCGCAAAGAAAAAAAAAUGACGCAGCUAGAUUCUUUUGACUGCUGUUGUCCCAAAUACCUAGUUUUUUCCGCUGUUGGGAAAUAGUACGACUGUUAUUAUAUUUUAACAAUUGCAAUUCCGGUUUCUGCCUGUCGUUUUACAUUGAGUGUCACAUGCUGAGUCUUUGAGUCGUGCUGCAGCCGUGCGCAUGCAGUAAUAUUUGGGCGUAAAACGGAGUUUUAAUUUUCCAACAUCUAAUCUGUAUAUACUCUUAAACUCGCGAGUGCUAGUGUGCGCCCAUGCCUGCAGAGUGCACUGCCCUCCUCCUUCCUGCAGCGGUGUGACCCCUUCGCUCCCUGCCCGACUUCUUUGACAGCAGUGCGCACUCGCUUCUUUCCUCCCCUUCUCCUCGGCGCUCUUUUAGUUCCUGGGUGUGUCCCAUGCCUUCGGCUCGGGGAAAUCAGUUUCGUGGGAACUUUGUUGCCAUUGGCCCAGCCAUAAAUCAGCUGUUGGAGCACGACUGCUUUAAACCAACUGACACUUGGCAAAGGUCUCUACUCUUCUCGCGGGCCCCACUGGAAGUGGGAGCCCCCGGUAUUCACCCCUCCUCGCGCCGUGCCUUCUGGGGUUCUGUUACCACAAAGGGCACACAUACCUGGGACCGAAUAAAUAAUCUGUAGCUCGCUGUUUUUGUCAGUAGCGCAGGAUUGGGCUUGUGUUUGGUGGGGGAGCAAAGGUGCUGCUAGCGCUGAGGAAAGUGAAUGUGGGUGAAACCAGAGGACAAGUCGCUGCCUUCGAGAGACGAAGGUGCAAUAAAAAUUCCACAAGAAGAAAAGGCGCCGGUGGAGGCGUCUAUUUUAAGCUCGUGAUCUUUCUGAUCUCAUAUGGAGAUUCUUAAACGGAGAACAGCUGAUUUACACCUUCUAACAAGCGUGUUGGUCAUCUUACAAAAUUACAAAGUUGUGCGGAUGUCUGUGAACGUUGUGUCUCUACUGCCGAAAGGGUUUCUUUUCACAUAUCGUUUUUAAAAAUCGUUACACUUGUUAUUUUUUUGCCUUGCUUAUCUUGCUGAUAUGUAAAUGGUGUAUUCUACAUUUAUUUUAGAAUCGUACUUUGAUAUCACAUAUACUGUAAAAUGAGUGGAUAUCACAGGGAAGCUAAUCCUUUGCAAUGUGAAAUGUGCACAAAGAGCAAAACACAUUAAAAUAUGCAGCUGGAUGCACAAAAAAACUAAAAUCACACCCAUGUGUUAAAUAUUGUAGUUUAUUUUACACGUACAUUACGUUUUACAUUACAUACGUUUCUUUUUAACCAGUAAUACUUUCCUUUAAAAAAAUAUUUUCUUACUUUCUUUGUUUUGUUUUAAUUCCAACGUAACAUUAGAUGCUCCAGGCUGUUCAGCAGCUCAUAACGAAAACAAUCCUUAUUAUUCAUGAACUCGUGUUUAUAUCUAAUAAACUAACACAAAACGAGAACUACAACAACUGAGAGAGUGAAGAGCGAGUCGCCGUGACGGAGGAUCCGCCGUUCAAAUCAGAUUGCCGGGUUACGUGCAGAAAGCUCGCAAUAUCGCCUCAAUGUCUGAUGCUUGGCAUCGUUAAAUUUGAACCAUUUUAUGUUGACAGUAAAGCGGCUACAUGUGUAUGUUCAUAUGCAGCCGAUAUAACCGGUUAUUCAUUUUUUUAAAGUGGUAUAAGCGGACGGGCCUUGAAUGUCACUGUGGCAUCGUUCGAUGGUGCAAGUGUAUAGCUUUUAUAUGUCCCCCAAAACAUUUGUUCAUUAUUUCCACACCAGUUCAGACGUUUUAUGAUUAUGCGAGAAAAAAAAGAUAGGAGGGAAAAAAAAGGGCAGCUCACUCUUGAAUGUGCUUUUAUUCUAUUAACUGCGCACACCAUUCGCACUCAUCGCCCAUCAUAUAACAUGCAUAACAGAUUCUCAUCAAAUUAUUCCUGCGUACACUGUCCCUCUCGGAGAUUGCACUCUCAGCAUGUCACUUGUUGUAUUGUUUGGGAGCCCGUCGGUUUUUGCCGCAAUGGUCGUUAACCUCCGAGUGACCCCGUGCGGAGCCCACGCCUCAGAAAGCGCCGCAGACGCGCAGUGCAGCGCUUGCGCCAGAGGAUGGCGCACCGCGACAAUCCAAAACGCCCGAGCCCCGGCUCCGAGCUCGCCCUAGCCACGAGCGCGCGGCGGCGCGCACGUACCACAUCCCACCCAGUAUUUCCUGCGUGCACGAGUUUACCUCUCGAGGUCACCAAGCAGGAUUUACGACUGGUCAACAAAAGCACGUGACUCUCCGCCGUACCCCAUAUUUGGGUGCCUACGUAAGAGAGAAUCAAGUCCAUGUCCCACUCAUUUCCAUAAUUCAUCAUAAAUUGUGCAAGGGUGCUAUAGGACGCGCUAAACCAUAAGAGCCACAAAUCAAGCACACAGGUUUAUGCUAUUUUACCUCCUGAAAAUAAUAAAACAACAACAACAUCUGCGGCGAGAAAACGGUGGAAUUGUCAACAAAUGAGCUCCUAUUUUGUGAACUCAUUCUGCGGUCGCUAUCCCAAUGGCGCGGACUUCCAGUUACAUAAUUAUGGGGACCAUAGUACCGCAAACGAGCAAUACAGGGACUCAACGGCCAUGCACUCCAGCAGGUACGGCUAUGGCUACAACGGGAUGGACCUAACAGUCGGGCGCGCCGGCGCCGGACACUUUGUAGGCGGCGAGCGCACACCGGGCUACUCUCCGAGUCACUCAGCGGGGACGACACCCUCGGUGGAGCCGGUCAGGUACACCCAGUCCACCAGCAGCACCGGGACCUCGUCUCUGUCGCCCACGCCUGACCCUCUGCCGUGCUCGGCGGUCGCCAGCUCGUCCCCGGUCACCGAGACUCACUCUCAGCAGAGAGCCGUGAAAAACUCCCACACGACCCCGUGCUCGAGCUCGAACGCGGGCACGCUGCUGCUCGGCCGGGACUGUGUGUCCAAAGCUUCCCCCCUGGACGACGAGAAGCCCGCGGGAAGUGCACCGACAACUCCUCAGAAUGUCACCGACUCGUCACAGCCUCAGAUUUACCCGUGGAUGAGAAAACUACAUAUAAAUCACGAUUUGUCAGGACCCGAGGGGAAGCGAGCCAGGACCGCAUACACCCGCUACCAGACCCUGGAGCUGGAGAAGGAGUUCCACUUCAACCGCUACCUGACCCGCAGGCGGAGGAUCGAGAUAGCCCAUGCCCUCUGCCUCUCAGAGAGACAGAUCAAAAUCUGGUUUCAGAACCGCAGGAUGAAGUGGAAGAAAGACAACAAGCUGAAGAGCAUGAGCAUGGCGGCGGCAGGCGGGGGAGGCUACAGGCCUUGAUACCCCCCCCCCCCCCCCUCCUCCUCCAGCCCUGAUAACGAGCACUAUGAAAAAUAAAAAUAAAAAAUAGAAAGAUUGUCAUAUCAACUUCUCCUCCUUCAAGAAACGCAGAGACUUGUUGUGUGUGCGGGACAAGGGGACAGCCCCACACACUGUAUGUCCAACACCAGUCCCAUUAUAUCCCUAUUAUUAUUAUUAUAAUUUCCCUUUUAUUUCCACCGUGGUAAUGAUACUAACGUGAGUAAAAAAAUGCAUUAUGUACAGAUCUGUCUAGAUUUAGAGGAGAUAAAAAAACGAGGAAAAAGAAUAAAUGUUUGUUUAAAUUAUUUCUUGUUCUGACGAAGAAAAAACAAAAAUGUAAAAAAAAAGGAAGAAGCUCGAAAUACUACCUAUGUACCGCAAAAGAAAUCCAGUAAAAAGUUGUGAUGAACGGCCUCAUGAAUAAAUAAAUAAAGGGAUGGGGGGUUUGAGCUGCCUCUGUGUUUAGCCUUCGAUUUCUAUGUAUGUACUGUAUAUGUAUAUGUAUUUAUUUGUUUGAUGUAUUGGACCAUGUCAGACAAACUUGCUUCCAAAAGAGUAGAGCCAGCGGAGAUCGUAAAGCCUUUGUGUGGUCGUUGUUUGCGUCGUGAACACGUGUGGACAGAGAUGCCGACUCGGUCUUGUAUGUACAGUAGCCUGUGCCUUGUAUCUUUAUCUUUUUUUUAAUUUUCUUAUUUGCAGGAGCUGCUUGUUCACCUGGGCGCAACAUCUUAGUAAAGAAAAGUGUUUUGUCUUUGUUUUGUAGCUGUUUUUUUAUGUGGAGGGUCCCACGGUGAAUUCCAUUCGUGUAUAAUUCCAUCGUGAUGACGCUUUUUUGUAAAUGUUUUUCAAAGACUGGAAGUCAAGAAUAUACUAUAUUGAGAUGAUGAUGAUGAUGAUGAUGGUCAUUAUAAUAAACUUUCUACUGGAACGGCAA